AGUUUAUUAAAACCUGAUCAGUAAACUUCCGGUUUGCUGAGUCAAGAAUCAAAUAAGUACCUUGUGUUAUAUCUACGAAAAAGUAUAGUUUGAAUAUGGCCAGCAGAAAAAGCGACAUCCCUCGCCAAUCUUUUAAUUUAGGUCCACAUACGUUUGAUAUACCGAUGAAAUUGCAUGCAGAUAACAGGGAAAGACUCCUCCAAAGAUUGAGAAAUCGCACUGAUUUGCCUGCCAAUUCUGUUAUUGUUUUACAAGGUGGAGAUGAGUCUCCAAGAUUUUGCUCCGAUGUCAACGUUGCACCCUUUCGACAAGAAUCAUUUUUCCAUUGGGCUUUUGGAGUUCUAGAGCCUGGAGCAUUUGGUCUUAUUGACGUAACAAGCGGUCUUUCGGUUUUAUUUAUGCCUAGGCUUCCAGCUGAUUACGCCAUUUUUAUGGGAGACAUUAAGCCAAUGAGCUUUUUUCAACAGCGAUAUGGAACAGAUGAAUGCUACUAUAAUGAUCAAAUUGCUGAAGUUAUUCGAAAUAUUAAUCCUCAAGCUACUUUGCUUACUCUGAGGGGACUAAAUACUGACAGUGGUAGCUUUACCAGAGAAGCCGCAUUUGAUGGUAUUGGAGACUUUGAAGUGAAUAAUCAGAUUCUUCACUUCGAAAUGACUGAAUGUAGGGUACGAAAGAGCGACCUUGAAAUUGACAUUUUGAGAUAUUGUAAUAAAAUCAGUUCGGAAGCUCAUAAGGAGAUAAUGCGAAGAUGUAGACCAGGACAAUAUGAGUACCAAUUGGAAAGUGUCUUCCUUCACCAUUGCUACUCGCAAGGUGGUAUGAGACAUGUCUCUUAUACUUGUAUUUGUGCAAGCGGUAAUAAUUCUUCAAUCCUACACUACGGGCAUGCUGGUGCACCAAAUGAUCGUAGAAUGGAGGCAAGCGAUAUGUGCUUGUUUGAUUUAGGUGGAGAGUAUUACUGCUAUGAAUCGGAUAUUACUUGCUCAUUUCCUUGCGGAGGAAAGUUUUCCAAUGAUCAGCGUCUGAUUUACGAAGCUGUUUUAGACGCUAAUAGAACCGUUUUGAAUGCUUGUAAACCUGGAAUAUUUUGGUUAGACAUGCACAAGUUGGCCGAACGAGUCCUGCUAGAACACUUGAAAGCUAUGGGUAUCCUUACUGGAGACAUUAACGAAAUGAUGGCUGUUCGUUUGGCAGCUACUUUUAUGCCCCAUGGUCUUGGUCAUUUAAUGGGUCUCGAUGUUCAUGAUGUUGGUGGAUAUGCCCCUGGCACUCCCGCUCGAAGUGCUGAACCUGGUUUACGUUCGUUAAGAACUGCCCGAGUUCUCGAGGAAAGAAUGUGCCUGACAAUUGAACCUGGAAUUUAUUUUAUUAAUCACUUGAUUGACGAAGCACUUGCAGACCCCAACAGAAGUCGUUUUAUUAUUGCAGAAAGGGUUAAUCAUUUUAGAAAUUUUGGUGGUGUGAGAAUUGAAGAUGAUAUAAUCAUCACAGCAACAGGAGUAGAACUUCUUACGAAUGUUCCACGUGAAAUUGAAGACAUUGAAAGGCUUAUGGCUGAAGGGAGAUCUAUGUACGGAGAUAAUCCUGUAAUGCGCCCACCAAAGGGAAGGCUAAAUUGAUUAACUUUGCAUUUGUUUUUAUCUACUCUCUUCGGUUUAUGAUUUGAAUCGAGAAAUACAAUUUACAAGAAAACACUGAACAAGAUUGCAGUUUCAAUUAACCCUAAUAGAAUUUAUUUUCCAUGUUCUAUCUAAACAAGAUAAAAAUUUUAAUCUAAAAUUCUUUGUUUCUCUUAUCUAAAUAAAUUUGAUAAACGUCAGAGUAAACAGAUUAAUUUAUAGACUGUUACGAAAUAAAUAUAGAAGAAAUAAUGAAAGUUUUAUUACACUAGAUGUCACUACUAAAGAAGAAAAAAUGUUUUGAUUAGGUUACCUGUUCACA